AUGCUACCGGACUUGCUUCCACCAGAUCUGUGGAUCUUUGAAGAACCCGCAUCCGUCACAGGCAAGCAGGGCGAUUUCACAGAUGCGGGCCAAGUAUCAUGCGUCAUCCGAAAGCUCCCGGAGCAACUGGCCGAAAACACUGAGGAGAUACUUAUCCCCGGCGCUGGACUAUAUCAGAAACCUUUCAACGAGGACCAAACAUACAUGGAGAUUCUCUUUGGUCUCGAUGACUUGACGAAAAAGCAAGAUUGGUUUAGAAACUACGCUGCGCUAUUAUUCUCAGCUUUGAUGCCGCCGUUGGUUCGAUACGGACUUGGAUUCGAGAGCCACCUUCAAAACGUUCUCGUCCGUGUCAAUGUCAUGACAAAAACGGUAACAGGGUUCGCGAUCCGAGAUUUUGAAGGAACUCGGAUCCAUUACCCCACAUUCCUCCGAUCCGGGUAUACGCUUAGUGACCUCCUCCCCGAAGGCUCCCCCCAUCUUGCCGAUAGCCACCGGAAGCCCUGGAACAAAGUGCAUCAUUCUAUCAUUCAGGACAAUGUGGGCCCAAUCUUGCACAUCUUGGGCUUGGAGUCGCAUGGAGGCUGGUCGAUUGUUCGGGAGGAGCUGAAGAGAGUGCUGGACCCUUCCGGCGACCCCGAUGGAAGAGCCUUGUGGGAGUACUUUACCCAAGAAAAAAUGACCAUCCCGCGUUUCAUGGGCAUGAGGUUUAUUGGGCGUUACGUGGAGAGUCAUGAAAUCGAUGUGCCGAAUUUUCUUCUCCGGAAAUAA